AUGUUGGUUUUCUCUGUAUGUCUCAUCAUUUCUUCCCCAUGUGUCUCCUCCAGAAUUCGUCCUCAGAUGGCCAAGGAGAAGAUAGAGGGCUGCCAUGUGUGCACGCUGGUGACACCUGGGGAGCCGCAGGUCCUCCUGGGGAAGGACAAGGCCUUCACCUAUGACUUUGUGUUUGACAUCGACUCGGAGCAGCAGCACAUCUACCAGGCAUGUGUGUACAAGCUGAUCGAGGGCUGCCUUGAAGGCUACAACGCCACUGUCUUUGCGUAUGGACAGACUGGCUCAGGGAAGACCUACACCAUGGGGACGGGUUUUGAUGUGAGCCUGAGCCAGCAUGAGCAAGGCAUCAUCCCGCGGGCGGUUCACCAACUGUUCGAGGGGAUCCAGAACAGGAAGGUGCGCGCACAGGAGGCCGGCACUCAACCACCAGAUUUUAAAGUCAGCGCCCAGUUCCUGGAGUUGUACAACGAGGAGAUCCUGGACCUGUUUGACAGCGCCCGGGACCCAGAGAGUCGCAACAGGAAGUCCAACAUCAAAAUCCACGAGGAUAGCAGUGGCAGCAUCUACACCACUGGAGUCACAUCCAGGCUGGUGCACUCAGAGGAAGAGCUGCUGCAGUGUUUGAAGUUGGGCGCUCUUUCCCGCACCACGGCCAGCACACAGAUGAAUGCCCAGAGCUCCCGCUCGCACGCCAUCUUCACCAUCCACCUCUGUCAGAUGAGAGUCUGUCAACAGCUGCAAAUGAUCAAUGGCGGUGGAGAGAAUGGGGAGGUGAACACUGUGGACUCCAGCCCCAUCGGCCAGCCAGAGUAUGAGACGCUGAUGGCCAAGUUUCACUUUGUGGACCUGGCUGGCUCUGAGAGACUCAAACGCACAGGAGCCACAGGAGAGAGGGCCCGGGAGGGCAUCUCCAUCAACUGUGGACUGCUGGCACUGGGAAAUGUGAUCAGCGCUUUAGGUGAUCAGGCCAAGAAGGGGGGACACGUGCCGUACAGAGACUCCAAACUGACCCGACUGUUACAAGACUCACUGGGAGGCAACAGCAACACAGUGAUGAUCGCCUGCGUCAGCCCGUCAGACCGCGACUUCAUGGAGACCCUCAACACACUGAAGUACGCCAACCGCGCCCGAAAUAUUAAGAACAAGGUUGUGGUGAACCAAGACAAGACCAGCCAGCAGAUCAGCGCGAUGCGAGCUGAGAUAGCCCGACUGCAGCUAGAGCUGAUGGAGUACAAGGCGGGGAAGCGUGUAGCAUGCGAGGAAGGUUCAGAGGGUUACAGCGACCUGUACCAGGAGAACGCCAUGCUGCAGAGAGAGAAUGACACACUGCGCCUCAGAGUAAAGGCCAUGCAAGAGACUAUUGACCACCUCAACACCCGUGUGACACAUCUGCUGGCCAAUGAGGUCAGCACUCUGCUCGCCAAGUCAAGUGAAGGCAAUGAGGAGAUCGGGACUCUGAUUCAGAAAUACAUCCGAGAGGUUGAAGAACUUCGAACCAAGCUUCUCGAGAGUGAGGCCAUGAAUGAGUCUUUGCGACGGCAGAUGGCUCGGCUCUCCUCUCGCUCCCCCUUUCCAGCCUCCACACUCAGCCCCGCCCCCGGCCACCCCCCCGGGUCCUCCCCUAUGCCCAUGUCCAUGGAGGCAGAGAUGACGGAUGUCCUGCGCCGUGCCAAGCUGGACAUCGAGAGGCUUAAGAAGAAGGAGAGGAGGCAGAGAAGGAUGAGUCCGGAGUUGGAGAAAGGCCUGAAAAAACGAGUAAAGCUGCACACUCAGGAGAACGGAGAGAAUAGGCGAGGUGGUGAAAAUGGACUGAAUGGAGAGGUCGACUCAGAUGAUAAUUACACUGAGGACAUCAUGUCUCCGCUGCAAGAGGAGAGUGGCUGUGAAGAAGAUGAGGGUGAGGAUGAAGAGGAGGGCAGGGAGGAGGAGGACGACUUUGACAGUGAUGAGAGUCUGGUAGAUUCCGACUCCGACUCGGAUGAUAAAGCCAACUUUCAGGCAGACCUGGCUGACCUAACCUGCGAGAUAGAGAUCAAGCAGAAGUUGAUAGACGAGCUGGAGAACAGCCAGCGGAGGCUGCUGAUGCUGAAGCUGCAGUACGAGGAGAAGCUCAUCCUACUGCAAAACAAGAUCAGAGACACACAGCUGGAGAGAGACCGUGUGCUUCAGAACCUUAUGUCCAUGGAGAACUACACCGAGGAGAAGGCCAACAGGAUCAAGCAUGAGUACGAGAAGCGCCUAAAAGACAUGAACCGCGACCUUCUCAAGCUUCAGGCUGCACAGAAGGAGCACGCGCGUCUCCUCAAAAACCAGGGGAGGUACGAACAGGAGAUGAAGAAGCUCCAGACUGAGGUCAAUGACAUGAAGAAAGCUAAGGUUGUGCUGAUGAAGCAGAUGAAGGAGGAGCAGCAGAGGAGGAGGAUGUACCAGAUUCGAGCUCUGGAGUCUCAGAAGCGGCAGCAGGAGCUGGUGCUGCGCAGGAAGACCCAGGAAGUGACCGCCCUGCGGCGCCUGGCCAAACCCAUGUCGGAUCGCGUGGCUGGACGGGUGCCCCGCUGGAACCAGACUCCCCCGGUUACGGAUUCUGGGGCCGAUCUGUCAGCAAGCACGACAGCAAGCAGCUCUGAGCCCGAGACUGCGAGGACCGUGAGUGGGCUGGUGCGGCAGUGGAACAACAAGAACAAUGUGUACGGAUAUCUGGGAGAGAGUGAGGGGAGCAUGGAUGGAACACGGGUGAUCAGCAGAAAGAAGUUGCAGCGGAAACCAGCGGGACUGGGCAGCCCUGCAGCCGGAGGCAGAGCCAACACUUUCUCCAAGUCUGCACGACAAAAGUGGCAAUCCCUGGAGCGUCGGAUAAUGGACAUUGUCAUGCAGAGAAUGACCAUAUCCAACGUAGAAGCUGACAUGGAUCGUCUCAUAAAGAAACGAGAAGAGCUGACAGUCCAGCAGGAAGCACUCUCUCAUAAGAGGGAGGUAUUGAUGGCAGACGGGGAGGGACCAGAGGCCGAGGACCGCCUCCUUCAGGAGAUUAAUGAGGACAUCGAGGUUCUGAACGCCAAUAUAGACUACAUCAAUGACAGCCUGUCAGAGUGCCAGGCAACCAUUGUGCAGAUAGAGGAGACCAAGGAUGAGCUGGACUCAGUGGACACCUCAGUAGUGAUCAGCUCCUGCUCUCUGGCGGAAGCGCGCCAUCUGCUGGACCACUUCCUGAAAGCCUCCAUAGAAAAGAGUUUACAGGUGGCUCAGAAGGAGGCUCAGAUCAGGCUGUUGGAGGGCCAGCUGAGGCAGACGGAUGUGAUCGGCUCGUCCCACAAUCACAUAAUCCUGGAUGCACUACGAGAAAAGGCUGAAUACAUCCCUGAACUCCAGGCACUCAUCCACAAUGUCCAGCAGGAAAAUGGUUAUGCCAGUACAGAUGAGGAGCCCUCUGAGUUCAGCCAAGCCUCUGACAGCAGUGUAACUCAGAUGAAGGAAUCCAACAGCCAAGAUGACUUUAAAGUAAAGCUGGAGCCCCGUCUGUCGGCCCAGAUGAAGGCUGUGUCAGCCGAGUAUCUCGGUCCCAUCCUUGACCCGUCAUCAGGCAGCAAGCCGCCGCACAUCACCAAGUCUCUGGCCUCACUGACGGACAUCCAGGAGGACGGCCUGAGUCUCAUUCCCGGGGGUCUGGCUCUCAGCCUGGCUCUGAGAGAACCUUACCACAGGGACAGGGCCUCCCGCACCAUCAGCCUGCCCGUCAGGGGACACACCUUUCCCAGGCAGUCUCGGGGUUAUGACACUUCCCCAAUAACAAGAAGGAAAUCUUACGACCGUGCAUACAGGCCCACGGAUGGCUACACUCCCCCGUCUUCUCCUCCUCUAAGGACCAGGAAUGACCGCAAUGUCUUUUCAAGGCUGACCAGCAACCAAACCCAGGGUUCUGCUCUGGACAAGUCAGAUGACAGCGACUCCUCGCUCUCCGAGGUGCUCAGGGGUGUGAUCAAUCCCAUCGGGGGUGUGAAAGGUGGUCGGACAGCGCCUCUGCAGUGUGUGUCCGUGGCAGAGGGUCACUCAAAGCCGGUUCUGUGUGUGGACGCUACAGAUGAGCUGCUGUUCACUGGAUCCAAAGACCGUACCUGUAAAAUGUGGAACCUGGUAACAGGACAAGAGAUUGCCACCCUUAAAGGCCAUCCCAACAACGUGGUGUCAGUGAAGUACUGCCCCUCCUCGGGUCUGGUCUUCUCUGUCUCCACCUCCUACAUUAAGGUGUGGGACAUCCGGGACUCGGCUAAGUGCAUCCGCACGCUCACGUCAUCGGGACAGGUGGUUUCAGGGGACGCGUGCGCUGGCACGACCACCCGCACAAUAACCUUUGCUCAGGGCGAGUGUCAGAUCAACCAGAUAGCUCUCAACCCGUCAGGAUCUGUCCUCUAUGCUGCUGCUGGAAACAUAGUUCGCAUGUGGGAUCUCAACCGGAUGCAGGCGACGGGGAAGUUGAUGGGCCACAUUGGCUCUGUCAUGUGUCUGACAGUGGGGCAAUCUCUGCUGGGUAAAGAUCAAGUCAUCACUGGCUCCAAAGACCAUUAUGUCAAGGUGUUUGACGUAGCAGAGGGAACUCUGGGUAAUAUUGGUCCAUCUCAUAACUUUGAGCCCCCGCAUUAUGAUGGUAUAGAGUGUUUGGCCGUACAUGGAGACGUGCUGUUCAGUGGGUCGAGAGACAACGGCAUUAAGAAAUGGGAGCUGGAACAGCAGGAGCUCACACAGCAAAUUCCAAACGCCCACAAGGACUGGGUGUGCGCCCUGGCCCAUGUACCCGGCCGGCCCAUGCUGCUGAGCGCCUGCCGGGGAGGCAUGCUAAAGGUGUGGAACGUUGAAAACUUCACACCCAUAGGAGAGGUCAGGGGUCACGACAGCCCCAUCAAUGCCAUAUGCACCAAUUCAAGACAGAUCUUUACGGCUUCCAGUGACAAAACAGUUAAGAUCUGGCUGUCAAAGGUGUGGAGGAAGAGAUGAGAACCAAAGUGGCCGUGGAUCCAUCGCCGGCUGUCUUGCUGCCUGCAUCUUCAGUGAUCUAUACCCUGCUCACAUCAGGCAACGAGAUCCCACACUAAAGUUAUAGUUUCAAAGGCAAUCAAGGUGUGGAUCAUGUAGUCAAGGUGAAAAAAAAAGGCCUUUCUGACUUUUUUUUCUUUUCUUUUUUUUACUGCCAAUUUUAAAAAUGCCAUUCGGAUGUGGUGCUACUUGGAAACGAUAAACUGUAACUGCCAGGUGGUGCAGACAUCAGGCAAAAAAAUGUCUCACUUAAUAUGAAAACUACCGCCUGCAGCCUGGUAUUGAAUGAAAGUGUCCUUCUGUUCGUUAACUGAGGUCUCAGACAGUCCGAGAUGAGUCUGUUUGUGUAUCUGUCCAGCCUCUGUUACUUUACUUUUGUGGUGGCUCUGAUAUUGGGCACACUGGAUAAUCACGUUAUGCGCUCAUGGCAGCGGAUCAGUGGACUUUUGCUGAUCCUGGCUGAGACAUCACUGGAAAACAACACAAACUAUCAUCUCUUGGUGUCCUGGAACUAGCUUUUCUUUCUGCAAGUCAUCAUUAUUAGUAUGUUUUAUUUAUUUAUUGUCUUCCCUACCUCAUUUCUUUAUUACCUUGGCGUGGGAUGGGUGGGGACAUUUUUCGUGGGUCUCUAUGUACAAACAUUCGGUGCUUUAUGUCUUAAAAUCAUUUCAUGUCAGCCUCUUCAUCUCCUUGAGGAUGAGUCCUCUGUGGGCCUGUGGCUAUCAGACCAUCUGGCUGCUGACCUCGCAGACAGGAUAGCGCACGGCCGGUAGUACAAUUAAAGCAGCCUUGAUCCCAGAGGACUCGACUGUAACAUAUUAAAGUGCUAACUGUGGCUGAAAUAAAAAAAAACACCUGUGCAGAAGCCCAACAGUACACUCUCAUUACCCAAUUGCAAGACAAGUGCUGCAUUGAGGCCAAAGUGGUUGAUCGUUAUCCCAUCCGUCUACAGUAUGGAGCCCUUACCUGCCAUUUAUCCUCCAGGCAAAUGGUAAGAGCAGCAGUUCCUUCUGCCUGCUUUCAUCUCCCCUCUGAUUUUUCCAGGUGAGGUGUCAGACUGACCAGCCUUACCGAGCCCACCUCUUUCCCAUCUACUGAACCUCUGUUGGAAGGCAAUUAAUUAGAGCUCAGCUCUGUCAGCUGCUUUUCAGGCAACGUAACUUUUUUUUUAAUAGGUCACCACUGAGAGGGAUUCUGUUAUCAGUUGUUUUUUUCCCUUUUUAUUUCCAGUUUCCUUCCACCCACUGUUUAGGUGCUACACAUACAAGCAGGAAUCUACUUUCUGUCCCCACGUGCUGAUAAAUGAAUCCAUUUGUGUGGCAGAUAAUGUGUGUGGGCAUCACGCACAUAUGCACAGACACAGAAAUAUCCAUAUUUUGGUUAUCCGUCUUGUCUGCUCAGCAUUCCUCGCUGUGUUAAUUAAGUGUCUCUUUAAUGAAACAAAUUCAGCAUUUCACUGAGAAACACGCACACACACCUGCAGGCCAUGGAAAGUCUUAAGUCACUUAAUUUAUCAGUUUGGUCUCUGACAUAUACGGAAAAUUGCUUCCCAUCAUUUCAUGAGCACACUUUUUUUUUUUUUACUCAGCAGCUCUAAAUGUAUUUGGAAGCAUCUUUCCACACAGAUGUCCUACCGCUUGAUGAAGAAUCCAAUUCAUGUCUGUUAGGAUAACGGUUCAGUUUUGUUUGGCUCAGCAUUAUCGCUUCCACUUUGAAAGAAAUAAUGUUUUGCUGAUUUAGUGCACUUUUCCUUAUGAAAGACCCAGAUACGUACAGUAUGUAGUUGAAUUAAAUGAUUCUUGGAUCAUAAAACGGUAUUCAAGAAUGUGUUGAAAGUUGAGAAAUACUUUGAACAAGCUUUCCAUAAAUUCUGCUCUGCUGCUGUUUCAUGUAUCCAACAUGAGUCUGACGCUGCUUAAACUCGCCAAAAGCAAUUUUAGGGGUUUUCGUCUUCUGUUAGGAGGUCUGCUAUUAGACAUGAAUGCAAACGCGUUGAUGGUGUUAAUCUGAUGAUGCUUUUUUUUUGGUGUUGUAUUUUGUUAUGAUUAGAAACUCAGGUAAAGGUUGAGGGACAGUUUUAGUCAUACUUUAAUCAUAACUUGACCCUGUGAAUCUUAGCUAGCUUUCAAAUCGUCCAAAUGCCUUGUUUAUCAGAUUUGUUUUAUUUCUUUAUUUUUAAAAUGAGGAAAAAAAGGUACUAUCAUGUUUGACUCCCUUUUGUUAAAUACUGAUUUUCAUGUUUUGCAUUUGCAUUUAACUCCCUUUACUUCCUAUCUUUGUACUGUGCUUUUGUGUGAAAAUAGACACAUUUCUUUUUCUGGCCAAAGCUGAAAGUCUUGCAACUCAAAGAAGAUAUGCACUGUUUAAAAAAAAAUGUCAUAAUUACCUGUUAGAAAUAUGCAUAAUACAUGCUAUCUAUAUUUUAGUUUGCUUGUAAUCUGGGGUUACUGGUACAAAGUGUGGUCAGCAGGGAAAGGCCAUGACAUAGUGGGUUGUGUACUGUGAUCUUGGGUCUGGGCCCUUUGCUGUAUUUAUCUGUGCCAAUUGACCAAAUGGACUUUGCUCGCCACCUCUGAUAUUGUAUGUGGUAAUGCUGCACAGACAGACUUCAUCUCCGUUUUUGUCUUUUCUUGAUACUUCCACUUACUAUUAGUUCAGAUUCUGUAGAGCUGUAUUUUAGGGCACCCGCGGUUGUGCCCUAUACUUGUACGUUCUCUUGCUUAGUACCAGUAGAGCUGACCUGUCGAUUGGACGUCUUGAAAUCCCGCAGUUCUGCCGAUGAGUCAUUUGACCUCGUAAUGUCAAAUCCGAGCGAUAUCCAACGGUGUAGGUUUGCUGUUAUAUUCUUCAAGCGAUGUGGCAAGUUUUCCGGAUUCUGAAACAUUGACAGUGCACAAAAUACUGAGAGUGCUUUAUGAAUCCCACUUCACUCAAAAAAGUCGCUAUGGUUACAAAGAAGCCAUAAAAUAUUUUCUGGUCAGCCUCUUUCAAAGUUGCCUCUAGCUCUGAGACUUAUAUUUAAGCCCAUAACAACACCACUUUAUUACUUGGUGAUGUGUAAAUACUUGUGUCAUACACUUCUAAAUAUAACUGAGGAACUGCAGUUGACUUCUCUCCUGUCAGCUGGCCUCAUAUUGGUCUCUUAGUUAGGUUUUUACAUGCACUUUGUUUGGAAAGCGAACACUGACGUGAACGCUCUAUGCUCUGCUGUUUUCCAAAUAUAAAUCAAGCCAUGUUUUAGACUUAGUUUACAAAAAGAAUAUGAAUAAAUCCCAAAAUAGGUGUAAACCACUGACCUGGAAAGAACCUAUCUCUUCAGAUUUACAGUAGGUUAUAGAUAGGUCAUGCAAUGUUUCUGCUAAUAUGAUAUUUAGGGACGUGUGUCAGAAAAAAAGACUGCUGCCUUUUAAUUCUUCAUUUGUAGUAUCUGAGAAUGACAAUGUUACAUGUGGAAGAGCAGCAUGCAAACCUUAGUAGAUGCUGAGGACAGUCUGUCUUUAUUUCCCUAGUUGCCUGGUGGCACUGUAGUAUUUUAUUAAUAUAAUGACCACAAACAGUUGAUAUUCUUUGGCUGCAAGUGAAACUGCCUACUGUACUUGCAAUGCCUAACCAGUUUGGGUUGAAAGAAAACAAACUGAACAAAAAUCAAAAUCACCAAUAUAGCAGGACUAAGAUGAAAAAGCGUGUUAGCAAUAGAGCACUCUGCCUGGCCUAUUUUAUUCUACAAUGCAAAAUGUGGGAAUGUGGCAGACCAACAUCUCCAUCCUUUUUUAAGAGUGAAUUUACCCACCUUGGAGGCCAAAUCACAGAAAUGUAUCACGCUCUUUCUUCUAUAAAACUCUGGCCAAGCUCGCCAGAUUUAGCAAAACAGGCUGAUUUACUGUUUGUCAGUACAAUGUAGUAGGCAGUUUCAUGUACAGCAUAUGUGUGUAUAGAUAUUCCACACUUGUGCCCUAAGCAGAUGUAUAAAGAGAACAUGCUAACAGCAAUGUGUACAGAAAUGUGAGGAACCAGGGAAUUUACCAUUUACUAAGCCUCACCGCCCUGAGUUAGUGUGGGAACACUUGACAAGCUUCACGCUCUCUCAAAGCACAUGCAGUUUGUAAUAUAAGUGGAUAAGCUAAGCAAAUGUUUGGAGAAAUGCAUGCAGACAACCAUUGCAAUGGAUAGUUUUAGACAUUAAUUUAGUCAUUUGCUGAAGAUUCUCGUUCUGAGAAAAUGUUGAUACUUGAAAUAUUGGCUAGGUUCUACGUUUAUUUCGGAUGGAUGAACCAACCUUCUGAAUUCUGUGUGUGUGGAAUAUUAAACAUUUCGGGUGCUCCUGUGCUUCAUAUCAGCAUGUUGAGAAAUUCUUCAACUUGAAAGGGUCGUCAUACCCAGUUACAUUUAUGAAGCAGUAAUCUGUCACUUGCACUCAGGGUGUGGGGUUUAAUAAAUGGUAGAUUUCUUUAAAAAAAAGAAAAAAAAGUAGCUCCAUUAUUCACAAAUUAACAGUUGCCAGCACAGAACAUACCGUAGAGUGAGGCUGCCAGUGAAACAGAUUGUGUUACCACCUGUGGUACUUAAUUCCCAAAUGCACCAUCUAAUAAUUGUAGGGGAAAUAAAACCCAAAUGCUCAUCAUCUCAGCAUUAGCCUCAUGCCUCACCUAACUGACCUGACUGGCUUGUAAAAACAGAAUGUGAAUGAAGGACAUCGGUAAUGAUUUAAAAAAAAAAAACCCUGUGUCUGUAACGGACACACUGAGGAUUGUAGAUUGCCCUUCAGUUCUGUUUUAAGGCAGUCAGUGUCCCUACUUGCUGCAUCAUUAUGGCAGAAAAGACUUUCAACUUGCUUCAGGCUGCUGAGGGGAUGGCUUCUCAUUUAGACACAAUCUUGAGGGCUCUUGAUCAAAAGGGCACUUUACCGCUUGGCAGCAAACCUCCAUCACACAUCUCCUCUUCAGCUGCUCCCAGAGUUUUUCUUUCGGUGUUCGUUGUGUGGUAACACGAUAUGUGACAAUGUCUGUGAAAUAUGUACUCUUGGGACACAAAUGCAGGUUCAAAGGUCAUUUGUGCCUUUUAUUGCACAGACUACUCCCUCUCAAGUGUAAAUCUUUGUAAAUAGUUUUUUUUAUAUAGGACAAUGUGCAUGUAACAAAGCCAUGUAAGAGGUUUUGAUUGUAAUUAAUGUAAAUACGUAUUUAAUGAAGGAUCCAUUGCUCCCUCAACAAAAUAAAAAAAUGUGAAACAA